AUCAGACAGAGUCGGACCGACAGAGAGAGAGAAGCUGCGAGGAAGAAGUCAGACGCGGACAAAGAAAACAAAACGCGCUGGACGACGCACGACGAUGGCAACACGCGCGGGCCAAGACGUUUGACGCGGCGUCGCCUAGACGUAGUUGGGAUUACUUUUGGUGGCACUUCGGUGAGUUUCGCGUUGUAAACAUUGUCGUGCGCGUGAAUUUUUCUGUUGUUGCUGUGUGGACGGAGUUCUCGCUCCCCCGGCCCCGCCUCCCUCCCGUGGAUUUUGCGCGGACAGACAGAGAUGAGUGACAGGAGGCGCUCCGCCGCCGCGCUGAGCUCGAGAGCACACGCCUUCUCCGUGGAAGCGCUGAUCGGCUCGAACCGGAAGAGGAAGCUCCGGGGCUGGGAAGACAAGGAUCUUGAGCUGUCCAUGGAGAGCCUCGCCACCGGCGGACCUCUGGGAGACCCGGAGGACCGCGCGCCCUGCCUGGACAUGGAGCCUGACUCCGAGGCGAGUCCCAGCUCAGACGGAGAGGGUCUGGCCGAGAGGACGUCGUGCUCCUUCGGCUCCCCGGCGGACUUGGCCCCUGUCGCGGUUGCCUGCGAAGCUUCACCCCCGGCCUCCAUGGAGGAGAUCCACGUGGAGCUCCAGUGCGCGGACCUGUGGAAGCGUUUCCACGAGAUAGGCACGGAGAUGAUCAUCACCAAGGCGGGAAGACGCAUGUUCCCGGCCAUGAGAGUGAAGAUCCUUGGUUUGGACCCCCACCAACAGUACUACAUUGCCAUGGAUAUCGUCCCCGUGGACAACAAGAGAUACCGGUACGUGUACCACAGCUCCAAGUGGAUGGUGGCGGGCAACGCAGACUCCCCCGUCCCCCCGAGGGUCUACAUCCACCCGGACUCCCUGGCCUCAGGAGACACCUGGAUGCGACAGGUUGUCAGCUUCGACAAGCUGAAACUCACCAACAACGAGCUGGACGACCAGGGACACAUCAUCCUGCACUCCAUGCACAAGUACCAGCCCCGUGUGCACGUGAUCCGGAAAGACUUCAGCAGCGACCUGUCCCCCACCAAGCCGGUCCCCAGCGGGGACGGGGUCAAGUCCUUCAGCUUCCCUGAGACCGUCUUCACCACCGUCACGGCCUACCAGAACCAACAGAUCACCAGGCUAAAGAUUGACCGCAAUCCCUUUGCUAAAGGCUUCCGGGAUUCUGGAAGAAACAGGACUGGUUUGGAGGCCAUCAUGGAGACCUAUGCGUUCUGGAGACCACCAGUGAGGACUCUAACGUUUGAGGACUUCACAAACAUGCAGAAACAGCAAGGGGGCAGCACCGGGACCUCCCCCACCACCUCCAGCAACGGGACCCCCUCCCCAUCCGGGGCGGCCCACCUGCUCUCCCCCUCCUGCUCGCCGCCCACCUUCCACCUGGCGCCCAACAGCUUCAACGUGGGCUGCAGGGAGAGCCAGCUCUGCAACCUGGGGCUCAGCGAGUACCCGGCCUGCGCCCGCAGCUCCAUGGGUUCCCUUCAGGGCUACGGGGGGCUGUCCGACUCCUCCUACGGCCGCCUGCAGCCGGGCGGGGGCGCCGUGAACUCCGCCCAGCCCUCCGACUCCUUCCUGCCCCAGAGGACUUCCUCUCUGAUGGCCGGGGGCCACCCGCACAGCGGCGGAGGCGGUGGCGGUGGCGGAGCCAAGAUGGAAGGCUACGGCGGCCAGCUGGGCUCCUUCCCUUCCUCCCAGCUCCAGUACAUGAUGCAGACGGGCCCGGGCUCCGCCUCCUCCUCUUCGGUCUCCCCGUCGGCGGGCUCCUCCCCUUCCUCCUCCCACAUGUUCGGGGGCGGCCAUCACCACGUGCAGCAGGGCUCGUACAACGCUUUCUCGCUGCACAACCCCUACAACCUCUACGGAUACAACUUCCCCGCCACGCCCCGCCUGGCGCCCAGCCCUGAGAAGCCCCAGGGAGGCCUGCUCUGCUCCUCCUCCCCCGGCGGGGCAUUCGCCGAACGGCAGUACCUGCCCAACGGCGGCAUGGACGCCAUGCACAUGAUCGCCGGCAGCAACCUCUCCUCCGGCCAGCAGGGCGGCGCCAGCUGCGACGGCCGGCAGUACGGCCCCUCCUCCUCCUCCCAGAUGUCCAUGCACAUGGUGUAGAGACCAGGGACGUCGCUAACCUGGGUCCGCCCGGUUCUCCCGGUCUCACGCAAACCGCGGUCUUCGUGUAUUUUUGAAGAUUUCCGUGUUUUAGUUGAAAAGUGAGCAUGUUGUCACUGACUCGCGGCUGUGAGAGACGGUGGAGUCCGGCGUUCUGUUUGUUCGUUUUGCUUGUUUGUUGAGGCACGAAACAAUGCCCUUUUAAAAAAGGAUUGUCUCAUGUUUGUUUUUUUAUGAUGCACAUCGUGACUUAAGUGUUGAAGGAGAAAGGACCUCUGAUUAUUUAAUGGACGACUCCAGGAUCCGGUCUCCUUCUUGUCUCCUGGUCCAGAGAGGAUCAAAGCGGGGGUCACCCGUUCAUGUGCUAUAUGGUGCAAUACUAGGAUUCAGUCCACCGUCGGGUGCUCAAACCAGUCUGGUCUCAGACCUGGUCAGGAUUUCAGCCAGUCAAGUUAAAUGCUACCCACUCAUGGUCGCCUUACCAAAGAGAUGUUGCUGUGGUCAGUUUAUUUUAUUUUCACUUUAUUUGUUUUGCUGAUUUUUUUACGCUUGACAACACUUGUGGCCCCAUGGCAUUGGAUAUGAUGGAGGGCCCUGGACGCUUGGACCGUGUGUUGUGGCUUUGAGGUUUUAUUGGAAGGAAAAGGACAACUGGACCUACUCGCUACUUGCUCGACCAACAACUGGGACAGAUGACAACUGGGGUGGUUACCGGCCUCUUUGCAAUGAGCAGAGAGCAGCAGGGAUUAGAGUGGACGUACCGAACAGGGUUGAUUGAAGAACCAUCCCAGGACCUGCAAGGGCCCAUGGGGCCAAGGUGCCACUCUGGGUCUCUCUGGGUCUCUCAUGAACCCCAGGGGCUAUUUCGUGUUGGUUGCCCAGUAUGUGAGCACUUAGCAGGGCUGUCUCAGUACCGUCGUACCCAGGAAGUCUACCCAGGAGUGACAAGUUCCCCAUCCCCGUCAGUGCCUUUCCUUUUUUCUGUACCGGCGUCAGUAUUUCUGAGUGGAUUACCUUUUUAAUGCAUAUAUCAGAUGGAGAAUGUAAGUGAAAAAAAAAGAUAAGCUUUAACAUUUUAACAUUGAACAUUGAAACAUUCUGAGGAAGGAAUGAACAGAGUAAUUAAAUAUGUUUUGGUGUGUUGUAGAUAACUGUAUUUAAGUUGGCAAGCAGAAACUGUUUUUCAAGCCUAUUAUAAAACAAAAAAAGUGUGGAAAAAAUGUAAUAAGUGUUCUUUUUGGAAGCCUUUUGAAAGUGUAAAUACAAGUGCCAAGCACAAACACUCAAUAAAC